AUGAAAGAGGAGAUGUGUGGUAUGAAGUGUCACAUUUCUGAAGUUGUUCCUGUGAAUGAAAACUCCUUGCCGAGUUGUGAUCCAGUUGAGCAAAGAGCUGAUCCAAGUAACAUUACUGAUGUAUCAACCUCCGAAAAUGGAAUUUCAGUUCCUGCUUAUGAAGAGAUGCCUGAAAUCAGCAUACCUGUUACUGGAAGAUUUCAUAGUAACAGUGACAUGGAUGAUGCAAUUAAAGUAAAAGCUCCAGCACAAUCUACACUUCCUAAAAGUAAUGGUUUCGAUAUGAUCUAUAAAGUAGAGGAUAUUCCUCCCUGGUACCUUUGCAUUUUGCUUGGAUUUCAGCACUAUUUGACGUGCUUUAGCGGAACCAUAGCUGUACCUUUCCUACUGGCCGAAUCACUCUGUGUUGGAAAAGAUCAGCACACAGUUAGUCAGCUGAUUGGCACUAUUUUCACAUGUGUGGGAAUUACCACGCUUAUUCAGACAACAUUUGGGUGCAGGCUUCCCCUAUUUCAAGCAAGUGCCUUUGCAUUUCUUGUUCCUGCCAGAGCGAUCCUUGCUCUAGACAAAUGGAAGUGUCCAACUGAAGAGGAGAUUUAUGGAAAUUGGACCUUGCCUUUCAACACAACCCAUGUAUGGUAUCCACGGAUGAGAGAAAUACAAGGUGCAAUUAUAAUAUCUAGUUUGGUUGAAGUCAUGAUUGGCUUUGUGGGCCUUCCAGGAGCUCUGCUUGGUUACAUUGGACCACUCACCGUCACCCCUACAGUCUCCCUUAUUGGAUUGUCUGUGUUUCAAGCAGCUGGGGAAAGAGCUGGAUCACACUGGGGCAUUUCCAUGUUAACAAUUGUUUUGAUCGUACUGUUUGCUCAGUACCUGCGCAAUGUGAAUUUUUUAAUGCCUGGCUUUAAGCGUGGAAGAGGAUGCACAACAGUGAAGAUACAAAUAUUCAAAAUGUUUCCGAUUAUAAUGGCUAUUAUGGUUGUCUGGCUAGUCUGCUAUCUUUUAACUCUCACUGAUGUAUUUCCAAAAAGUCCUGAUCUGUAUGGAUUCAAAGCCCGAACAGAUGCCAGAGGUGAAAUAAUGUUAACAGCACCCUGGUUUCGCAUGCCAUACCCAUGUCAGUGGGGUUUACCAACGGUCACAGCAGCUGGAGUACUGGGAAUGUUCAGUGCAACACUCGCUGGUAUCAUUGAAUCUAUAGGUGAUUAUUAUGCCUGUGCUAGGUUGGCUGGGGCUCCACCUCCACCUGUCCAUGCUUUAAACAGAGGAAUCUUCACUGAAGGAAUAUCUUGUAUCAUUGCAGGAUUACUUGGAACAGGAAAUGGUUCUACAUCAUCCAGCCCAAAUAUUGGGGUCCUUGGGAUAACAAAAGUUGGUAGCAGGCGAGUGGUCCAGUAUGGAGCAGUUAUUAUGUUGGUCUUGGGGACAGUAGGGAAGUUUACAGCACUGUUUGCUUCACUCCCAGACCCCAUUCUUGGAGGCAUGUUUUGCACUUUGUUUGGAAUGAUCACUGCUGUUGGGCUUUCCAACCUUCAGUUUGUCGACAUGAAUUCUUCCCGCAAUCUCUUUGUCUUGGGAUUCUCCAUGUUUUUUGGUUUAACACUACCAAAUUACUUGGAUGCAAACCCUACUGUUAUUAAUACAGGCAGUCCAGAAAUUAAUCAAAUUUUGACUGUGUUGUUGACAACAGAAAUGUUUGUUGGGGGUUGCCUUGCUUUCAUCUUGGAUAAUACUAUUCCAGGUACAAAGGAGGAACGUGGACUUGUACAAUGGAAAGAAGGGGCACUUGCAAAUAGUGACACAUCUGUAGAUAUGAAAACGUAUGACUUCCCAAUAGGAAUGAACACACUAAAGAAAGUUCAGUGUUUACAACGGAUGCCUAUUUGUCCAGUUUUUAUAGGGUUUUAUUCGCGGAAGAAACACGAUGACUUGGCUGCACAUGUUUAA